CACAUGUAGAGGUACACAAAACCUCAGACUCACACAACUGAGCACGCGCACACUCAGACGUACUGCAAACUCUCCACAGGAAACUCUGAGCCAUAAUGCGAAGGCACCUCAGAGCAGACGGGUGCAUUGCUCAAACCAAGUGGGAUACGCUGCGGCUUUGAUAGUGCGUUAAUUACUCAUGUGAUGUGAUACAGAUGUCUGGGGGCUUCAGCUGAAAGUUUGCCUGACGCUUUCCAAGGGGGCCAGGCAGACAUUUUAGAAGCGUGAUACAUUGGGACCAUCUUUCUGUCAGUGAUAUCAAAGCGCUCAAUGCGUCCCAUAAUGGGCUCUCCAGCUGGACAUGUGUUUUUGCUAAUGGCCUGUAUGGCAGCCAGAGGAAUCUGCCAGAUAAACAGAGCUGAAGCGGAGCAGGACCCUCUCUCCAGCUUUCUCGUCCACUCCACCCUCCAAUCCGGUCUCUACAGCACUGUCAGUCCAAGCACGGCGCCCGGCAUCCACCAGUGGACACAAGCGGUGGUAUCUGGCUCUGGCAACGUGACUACAGUAAAGAAGCCACCUAAUUGCACUGUAGCUACCUCAAUCAGCGCGCAUUUUAAGUACAUCAACACCACCAUUUCCAUUAUAGUCUUUGUAGUCGGGAUAUUGGGCAACGGCACCCUGCUGAGGAUUAUAUACCAGCACAAAUGCAUGAGGAAUGGACCCAACGCCCUCAUUGCCAGCCUGGCCCUGGGCGACCUUAUCUACAUUGUCAUUGAUAUACCCAUCAAUGUGUACAAGCUCCUGGCAUCAAGCUUCCCAUUCAAUGACAGUAUUGUGGGCCUGUACCUUUGUAAGUUAUUUCCCUUCCUGCAGAAAGCAUCUGUGGGCAUCACAGUGCUCAAUCUGUGCGCCCUCAGCGUCGACAGAUACCGGGCUGUGGCAUCGUGGAGCAGAGUGCAGGGCGUGGGCAUCCCUCUGAUCACCGUCAUUGAGAUCGUGUCCAUCUGGGUGCUUUCACUCAUCCUGGCUGUGCCGGAGGCCAUCGGUUUCGACUUGAUCACCUUCGACUAUGGCAACAAAACCAUACGCACUUGCAUGCUUAGUCCCCAGAGUGCCUUCAUGGAGUUCUACAGAGAUGCAAAGGACUGGUGGCUGUUUGGCUUCUACUUUUGUGUACCACUGAUUUGCACAGCUAUCUUCUACACUCUCAUGACCUGCGAGAUGCUCAACCGCAGGAAUGGCAGCCUCCGGAUCGCUCUCAGUGAGCACCUCAAACAGAGGAGAGAGGUGGCCAAAGCUGUCUUUUCCCUCGUCCUCAUCUUUGCCCUCUGCUGGUUCCCACUGCACCUUAGCAGGCUUCUUAAGAAGAUGAUUUACAACCAGACAGAGAAAAUGCGAUGUGAGCUGCUCAAUUUCCUGUUGAUCCUGGACUACUUUGGACUCAACCUUGCAACAAUCAACUCCUGCAUAAAUCCCAUUAUCCUCUACUUUGUCAGCAAGAAGUUCAAAAAUUGCUUCAAGUCGUGUUUGUGCUGCUGGUGUUACUCCGACAAUCAGCUGAGCAGCACCGGACCCAUGAAUGGCACCAGUAUUCAGUGUAAAAGUCCAGAGCCCAACAACUUCCACACUGACCGCAGCAUCAGAAAGUACAGCAACUGAGUUCCCGGCUGAGGAGGGUCUUUGAAGCUUUUCCGUAUCCCCAUCAAGCACUUAAAAUGUGACCAAUACUCAUACUAUAAUACAUAAAUCAAAAAAAUGUAUACAUUCAGACAAUAAUCUACGUGAGGACUGCAGAAGCAAAACAUGAAUCUGGCGGGCAUGCAUUAGGAACUGGAAUAAAAGGGAUGAAAAUGGAUUGGGGAACUUCAAUACGCUGGUGUUUCCUGAGCCUCUCAGCAGACUAAACUUCCUCCAACAAACUCCUUCUGUUCCCACACCCACGGACAGUGACUCUGUAGCUUGUAAGAAGAAGGAGGAGGAAAGCAGGAGGAGGAGAACUUUUAAAGGGAAGCAGCUGAGCCUCACUAUAAAUUGCUCUCUAUCAGGAGCCAAGUGUGCUAUUCCUGUAAAGGGCAGCACCACUGGGAAGGAUGCUGCAGGAAGGAAAAAGCUGACUGUUCUCCGUCAGAGGGGAUGACGAGUGAUGAGUCCCCUGGAGUUUGCUACUUACUGAUAAUGAAAAACAGGAAAGCAUGCUAGUGACAGUUGUUGUACAGUGUAUUUGGCUCAUACUUAUUAUUCCUUGAGCUACUACGUGGUAUAAACUAGAGGAUGACUUUAAAGUUUAUUCGCCUGAUGUUUAAGUCCCACUGCUUUUUUUGAGUUAUCAAGAAAGGGGUGCACUCUGGAUGUAUCUGAACAAAAUCACUGACAAAAACACAAUUUUUUUUCUAGUUUCUAGUGAGCAUACUGCACAGUAGACUUCACAAAAAGUCAGGUCCUCUUUUAAAGCAGCUGACUCAACAGGAAACAUGGGGUUGCAGGUAGAUAAAGGAGUAACCAAAAGUCUGACCAUUGACCAAAACAAAUUCCUACAACACUGUGAAUUUCAACAUACAAAUACAACAGUUUUCUUGACAUCUCUGCUUUAUAACCCAAUGCAAAUAUAUACUCAUGUAAUGACCACUUUUAUAAAGUGUUAGACUGCAGUAACAAUAUUUUUACUCAGCCUAAAUCACCUUUAUAAAGACAUAGGUAAAGAAUACUUUGUGAGAUGGUAGACACUCCACAUUUAGAGGUGGGUUCGCAUUUUGGGAAAUGUGUAUACUUGGUUUUUUGCCGGUCAUUUAAUUCACUGUGAAGCUACAGCCAGCACACAGUUAGCUUAGUUUAGCUUAUCUUAGCAUAAAGACAGGAAACAAGGGAAAACAGGGGACCUGACUUGGUUAUUAUUAACACAUUUCAUCAUAUAUAUAACACAUCCAUCUAUACUUAUAUGCAUCACUGGUAGAACAUAACUAACUCAAAGGGGUCACAGAAAAGAACAUUAAGCUAGCUAAUGAUACCUCUAUAUCUCCAAAACAUAUUUUGGCUUCUUGUAAAAUCAUGGUGUCUGUUUUACUUUUAUAAGCGGUAUUGAAAGAAAAUAAGAGGUGUGGCUACACUGGCUUCAGAUGUUUUCAAAGCAUUUUUAGUGAAGUUAAUGACUGAGAAAUAAACUGAACCAUGUAUCAAGUUUAGCCAUGUUAGCCAUUUUUAGCAACUUUGUCAAAUAGUAUAAUGUAAUAGGUAAUUAUGUAAAGAACAUUCUUGUUCAAAUCUGGACUGUUUCUCAACUGUGUGCAGUUAUUUCCUAGAUGAGCUAACCUAACCUAGAGCUUAUGGGCUACGAGCCCAUUGCUUUAUGGGCUUACUCACAAUGGGCCUCUAGUGGACAACCAAAGCUCUAUGUUGCAUGUGUAAGCCUUUUUGUAUAUUUUCCAAUCAUGUGUCGAGAAACAGUAAUCCUAGCCCCCACUGCUGAUCACUUCACUGAUCCCACUGCCGAUCAGUGGUGCCAAAGCCGCGAUAAGUUUGCAAAAUUCCGUUCAUAUUCCCAGAAAUCCGAAUCGCUGCUAGUUUCUUCCUGUGUUUACAUCCUUUACAUUUACAAACUGAUGGCUUAAGCUUUGUACUGUAUCUCUUUUCAACUCAACGAUGCCAGAAGAGCGAAGAGGAGCAUUUCCCAAAAUGAUGAUCAAGUAUUUUUAUGUGGCACCCGUGUCCCACCACAAAACAACUAUAAUGCCUUAUUCUAUUUGAUGUGGGAACACCAUUGAUCUAGAAGGACCCAACGACUGAGCAAUAAGCUGUAAACUCUCUGCCAUCUUACUCACGGGUUAGUAUGCAAUGCAACAGAAGUCACAAACAACUGUUACAGCUGGUAGGCGCUCCAUUAUGUGAAUAUCAACAUAAUAUUUUGUUCUGUCGUGGAGCCCCCAGUAAGAUGGCAGCGAUAUGCUAAGGAGACAGGACAGAAUAGCUCCUUUCUGGUGUUCUACAUCUGUGAGAGAUACCCGUAAACCUGUGUGACUUUGAAUGUGCACUAUCAUGUGUGUGAGUGUGUGCUGUGUCUGCAAAUACUAGCACUUCUUUAGUUGGAGUGUUUUGCACACUUAUGUAUAGAUCAGUUUCUAUCUGUACAGUGUUAUUUUACCACUACUCAAAAGCUAUUCAUAAUAAUCUGUAGAAAAAUGAAUUGCGUAUAUGUUUGUUGUCACUGAUUUAACGUGUUAACCUCAUGUUAAUGCUGCUGCUUAUACCAAUAAAUCAAUUUCCAUCGUAGGAAACAAGGAC